CCGAGCGCGCAAGUAAAUCUUCGUUUUGUUUGUUGCUCUUUUCGAGGAUUCUGCCGGCGAAUAUGAAACGCAACAGAGACGAGGCCAAGGAGGAGCCAGCCGCCAAUCCGGUUGGUCCCAGUACCACCAAUGGCACAGACGCCACCGCUCCGGCAGCGGGAACUUCGUCUGGUGCAUCGGCGGCCGCUGCGGCUGCCGCGGCUGCCGCGGCCUCGGUUCGCACAACUGGCCGGGUGAAGAAACCUAAGCAGGUUUACGAUCCAUCCGACAACUAUAUAUCCCGAGCUAGCAAUCGCAGCUCUAUUGGCAGUGGCGGCCCAACAGCGCCUGCAUCGGCCGCAGUGGCCAGCAAUGAAGAGUCGCCACCCGCAAAUGUGCCGGCAGCCGCAGAGGCUAACGAUUCGUUGGAAUCGAAUCCUAGUCCCUCCACAUCGGAGAAGCAGCAACAGCAAACAUCGCAGACGCUCCAGCCACAGCAGAGCGGCAAAUUCGACACGUGCCAGAAGUGCAACAAGAGCGAGCCCAAACGAGGAUCUGGCCACAAGAGCAACUUUCUAACUUGCAAGACCUGCAUGCAAAAAUGGCACUUUCCUUGCCUUGCAGUAAAUUUCGAGAACCUGGUCCUAGCCCGAAAGAAGUACAAAUGCGAGAAGUGUCGCUAUUGCAACGUUUGCAACAUACGCGGACGCAAUAUUCCCAUUUGCAGUGUGUGUGCCGAGGCCUACCAUCCGCACUGCAACAAUAAGGCUCUUAAGCCUAGCACCAAAACCAUCGAGGUUGAUCCCAAAUGGAAGUGUUUCCGUUGCGAGGAAAUCACUGUCAUGAACCACAACAACAAUAACAGCACCAUUAACAAUACCAGCUCGUCCGGCGGAGAGCAGCCGUCGCCAUUGGUUAAAAAGACAAAUGCGGGACGCAAGAAGCGCAUUCUCUCCGAUCCCACUGGACAGAAGAAGCCAUCCAAGCUAGAAAGAUUGGAGAAAUUGGAGAAGCUGGAGAAACUAGAGUUGCCGGUCAAGCCUAAGCAGGACAAGAUAGAUACGUCAGCUAAGCAGGACAAGCUGGAUAUAUCGGCUAAGCAGGACAAGUCGGAUAUAUCGGCUAAGCAGAAGAAGCUGGAGAAGCUAAACAAGCCGGAUAACUUAGACGAGACUGAGGAGCUUGAGGAGCCUGAGAAACCGGAGAAGCCAGAGAAAGAAGAGAAGCUGGAAAAUCCUAAGGAGCCGGAGCCGGAGAACGAGAAGGAGCGUAGCUCGCCAGUAACAGUGAAACGAGAACCAGAGGAUUUUGACCAAGAGGAUAACAACCAAGAGAAAAAACAAAAGUUGGAAGAACAUGAGCAGUCCCCAGAGUCGCCAAAGAAUAGUUCUUUCUCAUAUCCAUCAACAUCCUCAUCAUCACCUGCAGCAGGAACUGCCGCCGCCAUUGUGGACAUCAAGAAGAACCCUGUAUCCAGCUGGACCGUGGAACAGGUUGUCCACUUUGUGAAAAAUCGCUAUCCCAAUGAGGCGAACGUCUUCCGCUAUCAGGACAUCGAUGGCACCUCCCUCCUGCUGCUCACCCGCCAAGAUGUGAUGACCCGCUUCGGCCUGAAGCUGGGACCGGCGCUUCGCAUCUUGGAACUAGUCUUGUCCCUGCAGAGUCAAUCCAAUGACGUGGCCGUCGCCUGGGUGGAGUAGCAUCUGGUCUGUCCGCCGUUAGCCAUAGCUCCUAAGAAAUAUUAACAAACAAACGACACACUGCUACCGGAAUAUACGGAAUAUUCCUCUAUCUCAUCAGUUCACACCGAUUCGCUCUAAGUGCUUAUAUUAAGUCUUUAGGCGAUACUUAUAUUUAUAAUUUAUAUAUGCUAUAUAUUCGCAAAGAACAAUGCGUGCAUUUUUUUGAAUAUUAUAUUCAAUUCAAUAUUUUUUUGUUUCCUAUAAAGACAAGUUAUGAAAACUAAUUACUUUUAAGUUCUACCUUAAGAUGAAACGUAAUCAA